AUGGGAAAAAGAAAGACUUCAGUAUGGAAACAUUGGACAAUUCUUAAAAAAAGUAUUACUACAAACCAGAAUAAUGAUCAAGACGAAGACCAAACUGAAGAUCAAGUUGAAGACCAAACUGAGGAUCAAGUUGAAGAUCAUUCCGAAAAUAACAAACCACAUCCUCGUGUAAAAUGCAAUUAUUGUCCAAAAAUUUUUGAACAUGGAAUUGCUACUCGAAUGCAAGCGCAUCUUGACUAUAAUUGUUUGGAAGCACCAGAAAAUGCCAAAUCAAAGUCUAAAAAUCAACCAACUACUCCAAUCAAUACAUCAACAUCUACUAGUUCACAUAUUUCAAAACAGUUAAUAACUAUACCAAUUUAUAAUUUUAUGGAUCAUUUAAGUGAAGAAGAACAAGAAUCUCUUGAAUUUAUGUUAGCUCAGGCUUUGUUUGCUACAGGAGUACCAUUUGCUUUUCUUGAAAAUCCUUAUGUAGUAAAAUUUUUUCAAC